AAAGAAGAAACCAGGAAACGCCUUAUGUUAUGAAUCUGACAUCCACGGGUCAGAGAACCAGUCCCGAUUCAGUCCGGGAUCUAUAAUCACACCUAAUGAUCCUCUAUCACCUCUAAAGGCUGCACUGCCAUGCAGACCACGUGGUUUAAACAGGCGGUCGACCGUCGCUUAUGGGUCACUUGUCUGUCAAUUUCAUCCAGACCUGCAUUCACACCUGUUGGCGGGUCGUGGAGCGGGUCUAGACCUGCUGGGGGGUCGUGGACCGGGUCUAGACCGCCCUGCACCCCUACUUGGGGGACGUGGACUAGAUCUACCUGCACCCAUGCUGGGGGGUCGUGGAUCCGACCCGUGGGGUUUGACACCGGGGUGAAGACCUACAACAGUCUGACCCGACGGAAGGAGCCCCUCAUUCUGACGCGGGACCGGGUCGCCACCUGGUACAGCUGCGGCCCCACGGUCUACGACCACGCCCACCUCGGCCAUGCGUGCUCGUACGUCCGCUUCGACAUCCUCCAGAGGAUUCUGUCCCGGGUGUUUGGGGUCAGCGUCGUCCACGCGUUGGUCAUCACCGACAUCGACGACAAGAUCAUCAAGAGGAGCCAGGAGGAGAACAUGUCUCCCACGAUCCUGGCCAGGAUAUACGAAGAAGAAUUCAAGAAGGACAUGCUGUCAUUGAAGGUCCUACCUCCCACGGUGUACUUGAGAGUGACUGAAAACGUGCCUCAGAUCGUGGCGUUUAUCGAGCGCAUCGUGGCUAACGGUCACGCCUACCCCACGCAGAAAGGUGACGUGUAUUUCGACAUCCGGAGUAUCGGCCAGCGCUACGGGAAGUUCUCCGGUUCCGUCUCGCUACCCAGCGAAUCCGCGGACUCCGAUAAACGUGACUCGCGGGACUUCGCCCUCUGGAAGGCCGCCAAGCCGGGGGAGCCGUCCUGGGACUCCCCCUGGGGUGGGGGGAGACCGGGCUGGCACAUCGAGUGCUCCACCAUCGCCAGCUCAGUAUUUGGCAGCCAGCUGGACAUCCACUCUGGGGGGGUGGACCUGGCCUUCCCCCACCACGAGAAUGAGGUGGCCCAGAGCGAGGCCUACCACCGCUGCCCCCAGUGGGGGAACUACUUCCUGCACUCAGGUCACUUGCAUCUCAAAGGGAGUGCCGAGAAAAUGUCCAAAUCCUUGAAGAACUUCAUCACGAUAAAGGAGUUCCUGCGGUCGUACUCGGCCCAUGAGUUCAGGAUGUUCUGCCUGCUGACGAAAUACAGAUCAGCGAUCGACUUCAGCGAGGGCAGCAUGCUUGCGGCCCGCAGCCAGCUGGGGGCGCUGGUGACCUUUGACCAAGGGGCCCAGGCCUACCUGAGGGGCCAGCUGCCCUGCCCCCCCCUGGACCCGGACCGGCUCUGGGACAAGCUGGCGGAGGUCAAAGGUCAGGUGCUGGACGCCCUGGCGGACGACUUCGACACGCCCCGAGCAGUGCACGCCGUCAUGGACCUCGUUUCCCAUGGCAACCGCCAGCUGCAGCCCGUCGCCGAGGCUGACGGUGCGGCCCGCAGCCCGGCGGUGGUGGGGGCGGUGCUGGCCUACGUCAGGGAGCUGUUCGGUCUGCUAGGCGUCGACCUGCUGGACAGACAGGAGGAGGGGCUCUCCGGCUCCUCCCCCGUCGUUGUGGAUACUGUGGUGGAGCAGCUGUGUCAGUUCCGGAGCCGCGUGCGGAGCUUCGCCCUGGCCCCGUGGGAGGCCCCGCCCCCCCAGGGCCCUGGCUCCGCCUCCGCUAGACCCCGGACCCGCCCGGACCGGCUCCCCCUCCUGGAGGCCUGCGACGCCCUCAGGAAGGACCUGGCGCCCGCGGGCGUGCUGAUCAAGGACCGAGGGGCGACCUCCACCUGGGAGCUGACCAGGAGGGCUGCCCCGGAGAAGGACCAGGACCAGGACUAGACCAGGACCAGGACUAGACCAGGACCAGGACUAGAUCAGGACCAGGACCUAGACCAGGACCUAGACCAGGACCAGGACUAGAACCAGGACCAGGACUAGAACCA